CACCAAGUCCUCCAGUCGAGUCCCCAACAAGUGCCAGUCCCGAGUGGCCCAGCUUUACAGCCAUGGCACCUCCACCAGUCAAGACCGACGACGUCGAAGUGUCAACUACUGACUACAACCAAGUUGUGACCCCUACAUCAACUGCUAAAAACUCAAACGGCUACGACAACCACGUCAACGAUCACUCAUCGGAGACUAAAGAUGACGAACUAAUUGAAACCGUUGCACUCUCUCAACUGUACCGGUAUGCCACCCCAAUGGACAAGGCCCUGCUCGCUCUAGGCAUCGUCAUGUCUGGAAUCGGCGGUGCACUGUUCCCGUGUAUGGCUCUAGUGUUCGGUGACGCCAUCAAUUCCUUCGCUCAAGCAGACGGCGGAGUGGAUCGAGAUACAGUGAACUCUGCAGCUUUGGACUUUUUCCUCAUUUCCAUUGCACUUUUCGUCACUGAUUACUCGUCCGGAGUGUUGUUCGCGUAUACUGCGGAACGACAGAUGAAGGAGUUGCGUACCGAAGUGCUCAAGCAUUUGCUGUACCUCGACAUCAGUUGGUACGACAAGAUCGAUCCGUUGCAACUCUCCAGCCGAAUGACGGGCGAUACCGUGAAGAUCAAAGACGGAAUGGGCCAAAAGUUCGGAGACGCCGUGCGAUUCAUCUGUCAAUUCUUUUCGGGAUACAUCAUCGGUCUUGUGCGUGGCUGGGAUAUCGCACUGCUCAUGUCCUGUUUGAUGCCGUUCAUGGCCGGAUCGAUGGGUGUGCUGCUCAAGAUCAUGCAGAAGCGAGCGGUUCACUCGCAACAGAUGUACGCUGAAGCUGGUGCUGUCGCGGAGGAGACACUCGGAUCUAUUCGCACGGUGUCGUCGCUAAACGCCGAAAAGAGAGCGAUCGACAAAUACAAUGAGCGUGCGUUGGCUGCUGAAGAGACCAAUAUCCAAGUGGGAAAACUGUCGUCCAUUGCCUUUGCGUUCUUCAUUGGUUGUGUCUGGCUCAUGUACGCUAUCGGUCUCUGGUACGGUGGAUCCAAGGUUGCGCGGGACAAGACGUCGCCUUCCGACGUGUUUCAAGCGUUCUUCGGUGUGCUGAUGGGAACGAUUUCGCUUGGUCAGAUUAAGCCCAAUAUGUCAGCCAUCGCUGAAGCGAAGGGAGCCGCUACGGAGAUCUACAAGAUCUUGGACACACCAUCUGCCAUCGAUGCAUCCAAAGACAACGAAGGAGAGAAGCCGGAGUCUUGUCUUGGUCGUAUUCAAGCUACAGGCGUGAACUUCACAUUCCAGUCGACAAUGGUGCAGCCACAACUCCAUCAGGAAGUUUUGGAUGGAAACGGGGCCGACGCUGCUCCACAGAAUGACUACGUUCAGGUGAUGACUCCGCGUGGCAACGAUGAUAUCCAAGAUGCUGCGCCCGUCAUCUCCACAGCUAAUGAUGCUGAUAGCGAAGUCUCACAACCUACAGAGGACAAGAAGAAGGUGCCGACUAUCGCGUUCAAGGAAUUGUAUCGUUAUGGUACAACCGCCGACAAUUUGCUAUUGUCCAUCGGUGUGCUGUUUGCCGGUGCAAACGGAGCUCUGUUCCCAUGUAUGGCUCUGGUUUUCGGAGACGCAAUUGGAGCUUUCGCUCAAGCUGAUGGCGGUGUCGACAUGGAUGCAGUCAACAAUGCCGCCUUGAACUACCUCUACAUCGCUGUUGCUCUCUUCAUUACCGACUACAUCGCCUACGUGGUGUUCGUCAACUCAUCCGAACGACAAAUGAAGGCUCUACGAGACGCAGCCUUUAAGCACAUGUUACACAUGAACAUCGGCUGGUACGACAGUAGCGAUCCAUUGACUCUAUCGAGUCGCCUCACUGGUGAUACCGUCAAGAUCAAGGAUGGCAUGGGCAAUAAACUUGGAGAUUCCGUCAAGUAUACAUGCCAAUUCAUCACGGGUUACGUGAUCGGCUUCGUCCGUGGAUGGGAUAUGAGUCUCGUCAUGGCUUGCAUCAUGCCGUUCAUGGUGGCGUCUUUGGGUAUCCUCAUGACGAGUCUUCGUAAACGUGCAGUGCACUCACAGCAAAUGUACGCAGAGGCUGGUGCUGUAGCGGAGGAGACACUUAGCUCCAUCCGUACAGUGUCUUCACUUAACGCUGAAAAACUGGCCAUCAACAAGUACAACGAUCGCGCGGUUAAGGCUGAGGAGACCAACAUUCAGAUAGCCAAGUUCGCGUCGUGUGUGUUCGGUCUCUUCAUGUGCAGCAUCUGGCUCAUGUAUGCUGCGGGUCUCUGGUAUGGUGGAUCCAAGGUCGCACAUGAUAAGGCUUCUCCAAGCGAGGUGUUCCAAGCGUUCUUCGGUGUGCUGAUGGGAACGAUUUCGCUUGGUCAAAUUACUCCGAACAUCUCGGCUGUAGCAGAAGCGAAGGGUGCUGCAGCGCAGAUCUACAAGAUCUUGGACACACCAUCUGCCAUCGAUGCAUCCAAAGACAACGAAGGAGAGAAGCCGGAGUCUUGUCUUGAUGAACUCACUAUUAUGUGGUUUCUAUGA